UAUCCAUGUUCAGUCAAUCUGGCUGAUGCAGCGAAGGGUUCAGUUGCUAGGGUCCCGAGGGCCUGGGAGCACACACGCCAGCUGUUUUCCAUGCAGGGAAUGGGGAACUUCCGACUGGGGAGAAGGACUGUGAUGUACACAGUGGAAACUAUUCCUAAAGGGAAGAACCGAGUGCUGGGGACUAUCCAGAUCAUGACUGGCUUCAUACACAUUAGCUUUGGGAUCAUUCUCAGCACCCUGUCCAGUGUAUAUACCUCAUUCUUUGUAUAUGGAGAGAUUCCCUUCUUGGGAGGAGCAUCCUUCAUUGUUUCUGGAUGUCUCUCAAUUGGUGCUGAGAAGAGCCCUACGGAAUGUGCAGUAAAAGGCUCACAAGCCAUGAAUAUCAUCAGUGCCAUUUUUGCGUUACUUGGAAUAUUGACUUUUAUAGUAGACCUGAGCAUAAAUGGACCGUUUCAUUCAGAUGAUAACUACGAGUAUUCACUAGUGAUGACAGGCAAUCGGAUCGCCAUUGUGCUGUUGACAUUCACCAUUGUGGAAUUCUGCAUUGCAUCAGCAACUGCAUAUUUUUGGUGCCGGGCAACCCGUUCUGACUCCAAUGAGGCUAUAUUGAUUGACCCAAACACCGUCAGGACAGAUAAUGAAGUCCCUUCUGUAGAAUCUUCAAUGCAUUAUCCACCAAGCUCUAAUGAUGUAAGUUAUGAUUUAAAAGUUGAGGACGUGUAGAAGACUAGGCUGGAAAAUUUGUAUGGAGAAGUCACAUCAGCUGCAUUUCUUUUGGGGCAUAAAAGUUAACCUUUUCCUGCAUGACAGAGUUCCUUUAUUUUUGUCAGUAUUCUAGCUGACAAGUAAAGACAAAGGGCCUGUCUCUCUACUUUCUCCUGUACUGUCUCAAUUUAAGCCUGGAAUAACAGACAUGUGACUUGAUAUUAUUUGCCUCGGAGUAAAAGGUAAUAAUGCUUCAUUUUGCAUGGGCUGUGUAUGGAAAUAACCAUAUGUGACACGUGGACUGUUAAGCUGUCAAAGUGAGGUUCGAGGAUACUCGUGAUACCAUAUUGGAAAUAGUCACAAAAUAGUUGGCGACCCAGACUGAGAACAUGGAACUGAAGCCAAUAGAUGCCCAAUGUGGACAUUAAUGCAUCUUUUCAGCUCUGACUGGCUCUGUUAUUGACUCGGGACAUGUUGACACAGAAACCAGUUCAUGAUGUUAAUUUCUGUUGGCCAAAGUCCUGUCUUGCAGCUGGUUAAUAAAGACUCUGUAACAUUCUUAGGUGUCCUGGCAAAUGCCCAGUAUAUGCCACUCUCCUGGCCUCAGUCUCUGUAAUUGAUUCCUCCUCAUGUUUUCUUAUGGGAGCUGGAAAUCAGAAUACUGUAGAAAGCAGCAUCUGCAGAUUAAUUUGAGCAAAGCUGAUUGGUUUUACAUGAAGCAUACUUGCAACUUUGGAGGCUUGUUAUACUGUUUGCCAUUUAUAUUUGCAUUUAGUACAUCCUAUUAAGAUAUUCAUAGAACAGCCUUGGGAAAUGUUCCAUCCUUUAUUCUCUGCAAGGACCGCUUGUUUGUGACAGUCUCACUUCCAGCUUUGUUGAGCCAAAAUUGCUGUUUCGAUUUCUUUCGAUUGGCCCUGGCUUGGUUGUACCAAAUAAGAAAUCAGAGGAGAAAGCACACUCCCACACCAGAACAUUAAAACCUAGUUCAACUUUAUGUAUUUCAAAGUUGGACAUGCAGUUUAGUACCUCCAUGUCUUGAAAGAAAAAAAAAGGCACAAAUUCUAGGGGAUAUCAGAUAAUCUUGGACGGUGUUUUGUAGUAAUCAUUUCUAUUGAUGGACCACUGACAGUUUUUUGUACCACUAAAGGGCAGCUGUAAUCCAGAUGCAAGACUAGAAACACUAGCAGAAACAUGAGAAUACAUGUCUGGUCCUACAUUGAUAAUCAGACUGAAUUGGUUCUGGAUUUAGCCUACUAUUCUUCAAAUGGUUUCCUCCCACUGUUUAAGACUAUAACUGCAGCUAGUACAGGCAAUGUUCAGAGAGGAUGUAGGGACAGGCAAAAUUAAGAGUGACCUAAGCUUGGAAAGUCUGGCUUAGAAGAACUGGCUUUUCAUUUAAAAGUGUCUACUGUAAGAAGGAAAGCGUUUGGACCAGAUCCUGACCCUUAGCCAAGUGUGCAGCUUCCAUGGCUGUAAUAGAAUGCAGGACUGCUUCCCAGUCCACCAGGAAAUUCUCUUGGUCACACAGCACUGAAAUGAGUGAGAGGUUCAUAAGACACGUAAACUUUGUGAACAUGGAUCAUGGAAUUUGGAAAGGAGAAGUUUUGAUAGACACUGAUCCUGGCCUCUAAAAACGCUAGGUUGGGAUGUUUUCCUCUUUCUUUGUUUCUGGCUCCAUAUUAUGUAUUUUGUAUUAUUUUCAGAGUUUGGAAUUCUCUGGCUUGAGAUUGGAUUCCUUGGCUUCUAAGCAUCUUGACUAAUGUUUUUUUCAGAGCAUGUUUUAAGAGAAAUUUCUACAAUUUUAAUGCCUAUCUGUGAAACAGGGAUACCUAACUUGGGUGACUUCACUGAGGUCUGGUUCUUGUAGCUGUUUAUUUGAUUUUAGACCAAGUUAAGUUUUAGAUUUCUUCAGUGAUUCACUAUUUUUAAAAAUUAACCUUGUUUUUCAUGAAUGUUUUUAAAAACUGCAAUAAAACAUGUACUUGAGACAACUCAUGUCUGUCCUUUGGCUUUUAUCUGAUGCUUAACAAAGAAUCCACCUUCAUAAUGUUGAAUGGCCUUAGCUUCUCCAGACGAAAAUGAUGGAAUAUGUUGUUGGAAUGUGUUUUUGUGCAAUAAUUACAGUAAUAUUCAGGCAG